UCAUUUAUGUACAGAAAUGGUUGUUCGACAUGGAAGAAAUAAACAAUAUAUUGUUUUGGGUGAAAAGAGAAGUGAAGAUGAACUCAGCGUUUCACAAAGUAGUCAAGAGAAUUUCUCGAAUAUGAGGAGGAAAAGACAAAAGCAAAGAGCUGGUGAUUCCACUAUGGUUGAGCAUUCAAUUUCAUCUACUGUUGUUGGUGUUAAAGAUGCUGUACCUGAUACCGCUGCUAUGCCAUCAUGUCCAAGGGCGCGAAAAAUGUGUGUCGAUUCUCAAAAAACUGUAAUACAUCUUAUCUGUAUACUUAUAAUCAAUUAUGAAUACGUAAUUAAUAAUGAGAAAAGGAACGGGUGCAUACCCUUUUCUUCAUUGAUUUUCCUUUGCACAUGUUUGAAUGUGAAAAGGAAUUCAGGUGUGCCAAAAAUUGGAUCUUUGGGAAAGUUUUGGAAUUUUGUUAUUGAAAUUCUGAGUGGGUAUUUGGAACCUUUGUUUUCUGUCAAUUUGGAUGCAAUCAAUUUUGGCAUAUUGUCUAAUUGGUCAGUGAUGAGUGUUUGAUCUUAAGGAAACAAAGGUAUUUCCUAAG